AUGCCGUCUCGUGCUCGACUUCCAAGGUUGCAACCAACAACUCCUAUCCAUUGCGUAGUACCCAAUUGCUGCGACUUCUUCACGUCCCCGCACCCUCAUUACCCAAAGGAAGUCAUUGGCAUGGCCAAGUGUGAAGACGCUUCGUACGACAGCGCUAGUGCAGUUGACCCCGUCACCUCAGAGACGACCAGCGAAGAUGUCGACAACGAUCGAGAAGCUGUAGAAAGCGAUGCGUUCGAAAGAGAAGACAGUGCUGCUGCUACUGCUGCCUCCAACAACUCAAGCGGAUCUCAACCCGGCGACGAGUUUGAGAUGUGGGAUUACGUCUGUCCGCAGUACGCGCGACGUUUCUACGCUAGCGAGUGGAUCUAA